AUGUACGAAGUUAUGUGGGAUACGGCGCGAUUCAACGAUCCGGAUCUCUGGCCUGAAGAUGGUUCUCAGCCAUUUGUCUGGAGUACUGGUGAUGCGAAUGGGUAUUCACAACACGGCGACUAUGUGUUCGGUUGGAAAGAUGACAGUCUUCAGCGUGCACUAGAUGCUCGCUGUGCGAAUGCGGUAUGCGGUCAGCUGAAGACCCAAACCUCCGAAGAAGCUAUGAAAUGCACGCUACGUCAAACUGCUGUAGAAGACGUAGACGGAUGGCUAACCGAGAUCCCCGGCAAUCCCAUAAUGCAAUAA